GAAAUAAGGUUAUAUUCACGUGUGUGCAUGUGGAGCAACGGUGCGGAUUCCUGACUGAGCUCUCUAUUAAUUAUCUCGUUUGAUUGCCUCUGAGAGUACCAUGAAAACAAGUGGACGAGAAUAAAUUCAAAAUGGUGAAAACGAGCUCCAAGUCAUCUCAUCAUAAGGUUACCAACAGGUUUAAGUUUGAAAGCUUCUCGGAGCAGAUAGCUCGUAUCAAUAUCGAUGUCAUUCACAGGAGUAAGAAGACGCAGAGCGAGCCGCAAGAUGCUGAUUCCUUCUUUGCUGAGGGUUUGGCAAAGUGGAGGGAGCUCAAUUGCACACAAGACUUUGUUAACUUCAGCCAUGAGAUAUCGGAGCAGGUUCAAAGCUUUGCUCAGUUAGUCCACUUUGAAGACCAGAUAGUCUCAUCUCUCCAGACCCAUCUUAAGGUUCCUGACAGCAUGGCUUACAUUCCACUACUAGACCUUGUGGUACAGCUCGCCAGGGAUCUACAGACGGAUUUCUACCCACAUUUCAAAGACUUCUUUGAGAUCGUGGUCUCACUCUUGGACACUCAGGAUACGGAGCUGAUAGAGGGCGCUUUCCAGUGUCUAUGUUACAUGUUUAAGUUUCUCUGGAGGUAUCUGGUCAGGGACAUUCAAGAAGUGUACAAGAUGUAUUCUCCACUGUUGGCCGAGGAUCGUAAGGAGCAUGUGAGAAGGUUUGCUGCCGAGAGCUUUGCUUUCAUCAUGAGAAAGGUCAAAUGUCAUGGAGAGUUAUUUGACUACAUGCUUGGUACCCUACAAGACAAUCCACAGCAAGCAAAAGGGCUGGGUCAUCUGCUGUUUGACAUGCUGAAAGGAGUGAGACAUCAAACACAUUCUGCAACCGAAAGGAUCUUACCAGUAUUGCUAUGUAGACUUGGUCCUUGUCGCCGUGGUACUGAGAAUGCAGCCAAUCUUCCUUGGGACCUGGUCCUGGAUUGUUUCCAUGAAAUGUUCAGCUGUCUGACUAGAUACCUGAAGAGAGAAUACUCUGAGGUGAUCUGGAAUGCCUUAUUGAAUGAGGCAUCAUUUCUUGAAGGCAAGAUUGGUUCUACUUCUCAGUUGGACAGCUUAGUUCAGAUCAUAGAUCAGAUGGCUAAAUAUGGCAAUGGAAGCUUGAUUGCUAAUCCAAGACAGCUGAGUCAGAGAGUGGUAGAAGCUGUGACCAAACAAUCUCUCCCCGAGGUCUAUGGGGGAACAGUGCUGAAUCUGGUCUCAAGUCUACUGCAAGCAACGAGAGGGAACAUACAUCAGGAUGAUAUGACAGCUCUCAUCAACUCGGUAUAUCACAGCAACUACAGCAGUCAGCUAGUCUUUGACUUCAGCCGCUCUGUCUUUGACAUCAGUAGCUUUGAAGAGGACGUUUUGCCAGCAUUGUGUGAAUAUUCUCAUUCCAAGAUGGCUGCCAGUGAUCCUGUUACCAUGGAGACAAUGUUUCUAACAUUAGCUGAUCUCAUUUCUACCAAACGAUCCUCCAUUGAUGUGGGAGAAGACAUCGUCAACUACAAACCUUACACCGUGGAUUUCAGUCGACAAAUACACAUCAGUAAGGUGAAGAGGAAACGAGGGAAGGCGGCUGAUGUACUGAGUGUACCUGGAUACCUGUCAUCCUACCUGCUAUGUGAUGAUGAUGAUCAGAAGGACUCACUUCACUGGGCUGCUCUAGCAUGCAUCCCACAUGUCAGACCAGUCGAUAAAUCAGAUUGCUGUAAGAAACUCAAGGAAUCUGUAUCAUAUCUCCUUGAUGCAGCUCUGAAACAAGGUCCUGAUGAUAAAGAAGCCAAGUUGUACAUCCUAUCUCAAGCCAUUCAGAGCCUUCUUCUCCUAUCCAGACCUGAUUCUCCAAGCUCAGUCCUAGGUCUAGAUCGCAUCAUAUCGCUCAUUAGGCAUCACCCUUCAUCCCCUUCCACCCUCCUAGCAGCUGAUUGUUAUCUGAGUCUAUGCACAGAGACUAACCCAGACAUGCUGACACCAGACACGUUAACAUCGCUGUAUGCUGUACUACAACACAAUCUAUCAUCACCGUAUAGUCAGGUUCGCCGGCUCACUCUCAGAAUAUUGGAUAAGUUUCCCGUCACCCUGCCCUCUGUAGGUGACUCGGCAUUGCAGCAAGUAUCAGUGUUCAGACUUUGCUUGGAAGCUGAAGAAGUCCCGGUAACCAUAGAGACAUACAGAGAGAAGCUCAAGUGUUUGGGUUAUCUGGAAUAUGCCACGGUGAAGAACAGUAUACCAGAAGGCUUUGAAAAGGUUCCGUUGAGGUUUCUCCUAGGGCAGCUGUACAUUAACUUUCAACUCCUAUGGGACCCAGUGGCAGACAGUAUCAAGUCACAUGCCUACGGCAUGGACAAGACUAUGUUCUGGAGUGUGUUCACUGAAGCAUUACACACUGCUGCCAAACUGAAUGAAGACAACCUCUUCUACCAUCGAUCAUCGUCGUUUCAUCAAACUCUACAUACCGCCCUCAAGAGCCCAGAGUCUGAAGAACCAUCCAACAUGGAUGAACUCUUCCAUCGUUGCUAUGACGAUGACACUCAGAGAUCCGAUCGACCAGACCAUGUUAACUUCCGGAGGUUGCUCUGGAAGACGAUGGAAGGAUUUGUUGGGAAGGCUGAAGGACGAUCUAGAGAGCUGUCUCCACUCUUGCUUCGAUUUAUCAAGAAUGAGUACCAUGUGACUGAUGUGAACAAUGCUCCCACUCAGGAUCUCAGACAGGUCAAAGGUCAAAUCAAUAGCCAAUCAGAUGGCGAGGAGGAGGAUGAGAAUGAAGAUCAGAAAGGAAAGAAGAAACGUCCAGUCAGCAAGUCCGUCUUGGCUCAUCUGAAUCUAUUCAGCAAGUAUAAGGAUCCCAAAUCACUCUAUCUUGAACCUCAGCUCAAAGCUCUCUACAUGAAUCUGUUGUCAAGUAGAAAUGCAGACAUCCAGAGGGCUGCCCUCUCUUGUUUGUAUACGUACAACUAUAAAUAUCUGAUGCCAUAUAGAGAUCAACUGGAUGAGUUGAUGGAUGACAAACUCUUCAAGGAUGCCUUGGUUCACUUUGGUAUUGAUGAGACCACUGGAGUUAUUGAUGCUCUUCACAGAGAAGGACUACUACCUAUCCUAUUCAGGAUCUUGUACGGGAAGAUGCUGAGUAAGACGAGUCCUGGAACCCAGGGCAAGGGAGGGAUAGCAACCAGAAGAUCAGUCAUUCUUCGGUUCAUUGCUGGAUCAAACACAGAGGAGAUGAAAGUCUUCAUGGAUCUUGUGUUGGAACCUUGUAAACACCUUAUCAAAGAUGACCUGGAUGCCAUGCGAACUGAAUGGCUAUCUCAAGAUCUCAGUGCAAUGGUUCCCCUUAGAAAGCAACACAGUACGCUGGACACCGUUGGAGUAAUCUUCAGUAAGUUAGGUCAUCUGAUGGACUCAUACCGCCCUCUACUGUUUCGGUUGAUCACAUGUGCAGUAGCGAGCUACAACCAGUUGUUAUCAAAGAGAGAUGAACUUCAACCAUUCUGCAGAAACCAAGUGAAGAAUCUCCGUCAGGUGUGCAUCCAGCGGCUGAUCGACUUCUUUGGCCGGUUCAACGAGUAUCCAUUCACAGAGAGGGAGAUUGAGGCAGUGUUUGAAGGAGCCGUCUUUCCUCAGCUGAACGAGCUAACAUCACAGAGUUUGGGAGCACCAUCGCCGUUACUCAGGCUGGCUCAUACAUGGAGCCAACAAACUAGGUAUCACCAUCUACUGAUAAAGCCCCAACCCGAUGACCUCGGUAUGACCUUACUGCAUCAGACCAUCGGCCUCCUCUCUGCUCCUAAGGUCUGUCAAUCAGUGGUAACCAUGGUGAUGGACAUCAUAGACAACCUUCUGAUGCUGAAGGAGGAGGAGGAAGAAAGCAGUGUUCCAUUGAAAAAAGUGGAAUCUGAGCCUACAGGUGAGCUGAGCCUUGGUGCAUCCAUGCUUCUACCUCACAUUCCUGCCAUUCUCACACAUCUCAACGGUGCAAUCAAAGUACAACACAAGCCUGGAUCAAAGACUAAUGGUACUCCUACAUUGCCUGUCAAAGAGUUAGGCAUCCUCUAUAAGAUGAGUGGGUUUGUAGAAGCCUCAGAUCUGUGUUCAUCUCUUGUUGGAUUGCUUCUUCCGUACCUUCAAAAAUCGUCGAGAAUCUCAGAGAACACAGAGGUUGAGAUCCUUAGCACCAUCAAGAACCUGAUGAAGUUGAUCGACGAUACAAGCUGCUUUCUCAACCCAGUAUCCAGACUUCUCUACCGGACUACAUCCCGCAACCCUCGUCUGGUCCUGGUCCAGAUCUUCUCUGCCAUGGCAACCAGAGACCCCGCCCUCGACGAGAUAGCUCGUACCGUGUCACGGUUGAAUGCUUGGGACAGGAAGCGAUUGGACGCACCCGAUUACACAUUACGUUUGAAAGCAUUCAAACUAGCCAAUCAGAUGCUAGAAGAUGAUGGCCAGAAGUUGGACGUGCGAUUCUUUACUCCACUCAUUCAUAACUGCUUCUAUUUCAUCCUCAAGAUGGAUGACAUGGCAUUGAGAGAUAAUGCUACUCACAUGAUCUGUGGAGUCAUCAAGAAGCUUCUGAAGGACGACUCAGCCUUCGUCACAAUCAUAGAGCAUACAUUCAUACCUGCAUUGAGAGAUGGGCUUAGAGCUAGGACAGAGGUCGCUCGUCAUGAAAGUUUGGUCGUCCUUUCUGAGCUUGUGAAGGCCUUCCCCACUCACCCACACUUUGAAACCAUGUCGGUGCUUCUGGAUCAGGAUGUGGAAGUAGACUUCUUUGAGAACAUCAGACAUAUACAGCAUCAUCGGAGAAUGAGGGCCCUUCGUCGCCUCUCCAAAUACUGCCAAGAGGGGAAGCUCUCACCAAAGGUCGUCCAGCACUUUCUCCUUCCCGCUGCGACCUCCAUGAUCUUUGACCCCGAGGUUGCUAAGAACAUGAACCUUGUAGUGGAGGCAAUCGCAGCCGUGGGUGGCAUGGCUUCUGCGCUGCCAUGGCCACAGUAUCUAAGCCUUCUAACGCAGUAUUUAAGAUUGCUCAUGAGGAGUAUUGAUUUCCAGAAGAUAGCUGUCAGAUUGAUUGUUGCUGUCUUGGAUGCUUUCCACUUCGAUCUCUCGCUGUCUGCUGGAUUGGAUAACAAGGAGAAAAAAAUCUUUCAAGAAGAUGUCAAACAACUUGAAGAAGGUGGUGAUGAUAAGGAGAUGACACCUGGAGAGGAGGAUGACUUGGCGACAAAGGAAGAUGAUGAAGAAGAUGACGAUGCUCAAGAAGAGAAAGACGAGAGCGGAGAUGAUAGUGGUAUAGAUGAAGAGAAGGAUAAGAAGGAGAUAGAGAAGAAGAAACAAGUCGCCUUGGCAACUAAGAUCCAUCGUACAAUCGUUCGUAGCAUCCUUCCACAGCUUCAUAGGAUCAUCACCAAGAGUACAAAAAGUGAAGGAGAGCACAAGAAAGCAAGGAACCGGAUAGCACAGGAUGAAGAGGUUUUAAGAGUUCCUAUUGCUCUGGCCGUCAUUAAACUGCUACAAGCACUACCAAAAGAAACUAUGGACCAACAUCUAUUCAGUGUGCUAUUGAAGGUUUGUCAGAUGCUACGUAGUCGCGCCUUGGAUGUGCGUAACAUCACAAGAGAUACCUUGGUGAAGAUCGUAGACUCGCUGGGUGUGAAAUACUUUGGUCUGAUCCUCAAACAGCUCAGGACGAGUCUCAAAAGAGGUUUUGAGCUCCAUGUACUUGGUUUUACCGUUCACCUUCUACUGAAGAACAUCUCACCCAAGCUGACCUCCGGCGACCUAGAUGGCUGUUUAUUCUCUCUCAUACAGGUCUUCAAUCAAGAACUCUUCGGAGCUGUGUCGGAAGAGAAGGAAGUAGAAGGCAUUGUGGGAAAACUGCUUGAAGCUCGGAGCAUCAAGGCUUAUGAUUGUUAUGAAGUGGUGUCAAAGUUCGUUGGUCAGGGGUCAAUCACAAAGUUAAUUACUCCGUUGAAAGAGAUCCUUGAUACUUCUAACAGCCAUCGAGCUGUAAACCGAGUCCGAGAGACGUUGCGUAGAUGUACGAUUGGUCUCCAAGAGAAUGCUGGGAUAUCCCAGGAGACUCUGCUGAUCUUCAUUCAUGGACUAACGUCAGAGACGCUUCCCCUGCUCAAACCACCUACAAAGAAUGAGAAGAAAGACAGCUCUAAGGUCGGUCACAGACCUCCAAGCACAUACUUAUUACCUGCUACACCCAAGCGAUCGGGUCUGGUUCCUGAGACUGGCACCAGGACACACAUACAUCUACUCAUCGAGUUUGGUUUACAGCUGUUGAACAUGAGUUUGAAGAGAUCCAAGUUUGUAUCGAGCAAUGACAAGCACAUGGCUAUGUUGGAUCCAUUCACCAGUGUCUUAUACAGGUCUAUGGAGUCGCAACAUACAAGGGUGAUCACCUGUGCUUUGCGAUGUAUGUGCUGGUUGCUACGUUACCCUCUGCCCUCGUUGUCCAACGUGAUGAAGCAGGUGACCCAAUCACUAUUCAGGUUACUGAGGAAACAUGCCAGGGUGGGAGCUGCGAAGGAUAACUUUGAGCUCAUGGUCGUCACUUUCAAGGCUUGUAUCCAAGUAAUCUAUGACAGCUAG